AUGGAGGAGGGCGGCCGGAGCCCCCGGGAGGAGGCGGCCGAGCCGCAGGAGUCCGGCGGCGACGCGGAGCCCGGCGGCGGCGGCGGCGGGCGGCGGGGGCUGCUGCUUCCCCCCGGUGACCCCCCGCACCCCCACCCGCACCCGCACCGCAUCACCAACUUCUUCAUCGACAACAUCCUGCGGCCCGAGUUCGGGCGGAGGAAGGAGGCGGGCGGCCCCGGCGGAGAGCCCCGGCGGCCCGGCGCGGAGAGCCGCCGCAGCCCCGCCGCGGCGCCGGCCCCCGGGGCUCCGCUCCCCGGCGGCGGGGCGGGCUCGCCGGGCCGGGGGGAGGGCGGCCCCGCCGGGCUGGCCCUGCACGGCGCCGCCAAGAAGGGGGGGGACCCCGCGGCGCUGGAGGCGGCCCUGAAAGCGCGGGGGCUGAGCGGCGGCGACCUGUCGGUGAGCUCGGACUCGGAUAGCUCCCAGGCCAGCUCCAACGCCGGGAACCAGCCCAUGCUCUGGCCCGCCUGGGUUUACUGCACGCGGUACUCGGACCGGCCCUCCUCAGGUCCCCGCUCCCGCAAACCAAAGAAGAAGAACCCCAACAAGGAGGACAAGCGGCCGCGCACCGCCUUCACCGCCGAGCAGCUGCAGAGACUCAAGGCCGAGUUCCAGACGAACCGGUACCUGACGGAGCAGCGGCGGCAAAGCCUGGCCCAAGAGCUCGGGCUUAACGAGUCCCAGAUUAAAAUCUGGUUCCAGAAUAAACGAGCCAAGAUCAAGAAGGCGACGGGCAGCAAGAACUCCCUGGCAGUGCACCUCAUGGCCCAGGGGCUCUACAACCACUCCACCACGGCGAAAGACGGCAAGUCGGACAGUGAAUAGCCAA